AUGAGGUUUAUCAAUCGAGGAGGUAAAUUGUCAGUUGGGAUCUUCUAUGAUCAGAAUAUCUCCAAAAAAAUCUACAUCAACGUCAAUAUCUCCUUCUUCCUCCAAACCUUGAGUCGGGCCCAAUCCCAAGCCCCUCCCACACCCACCGGCCCACCACCGGCCUCCGACGUCUGCGUCGGAGUAUUCCUCUCUUACUCCUACGAAAGCGGAAGGAUCCUCCUGCUAAUUCAGUCCUCGGAUCCACCUACGUCUGCUCCCGCCUCCGAUGAUCGCACGGUCCAGAUCUGGGACGCACGUGUCGCCGAGUGCGUCAAAACUCUAAAGGGUCAUGCCGACAUGAAUUCGCUAUUGACUCGUUACCCGGCCCCACUCCACCUCAACGUGGACAAAGAGCUUGAAUCAAUUCAAAUUCUAUCCAACAAGAAGAAUGAUGAUGAAGUGUUUACUAAAUUGGGAUCUGAUAAGGAUAAGUGCAAAGAGGCAACUGAGAAGGCGAAAAAGUCAGUGAGCAGAAACGAACUUCUGAAGCCUGCGAAUGGGGAGAAUUACUACAGAGGAGGCGGGCCAGGAAGGGGACGUGGACAUGGUGGGAGAUGAAGAGUUGGCAAUGAUCACAGCUUGCGGGCCCCCGCUAUUGAAGAUGUUGGGUAGUUUCCAUCGCUCGGUGGCAAGUGAGGGAUGUAUAAGCCCACCAGCCAAAUGGGCCCGAGUUACACCUUGUGCUUGUCCUUGUUGGGCCCAUUUGGUUGGUGAGGCACUAAUGGUGUUUUUGUAAGAAGUCUUGCAUUUCAGAUAUUUUCCAAAACUUUAAUAGAAGUUUGGAGUGUAAAUUUAGAUGUAUCCCAGGAGUUUUUGAUGCUCUUGGUGCUUCAUGAUAUACUUUGACUCUCUUUCCAGCACACAUCUAGGUUAUCAGGGUCCUUUUUUAUCCCAUUUUUUUUUUCCUUUUCUGUUUUUUUUUUGUUUUUCUUUACAUGCUCAAUUCGGGUCGAUCGGAUCAAUUUUGUCGUGGAGUUAAAUUCAUAACAAUUUUGUUCCAAUGUGAAAUUCAUGUUCUCUCUUUUAUUUUAGUUGCUUUUGUGUUUAUUCGGCGAGUAAGUGGUUGAUAAUGAAGUUAUAUUUGUUUAUAUUUGUUAAAAUUUGUGAAUGGAGUUGGAGAAAACAUGCUGCAGAAGAAAACGUCCAUUUUGGAGAUUGUUUUCUGGACGAG